AUGGAUCUCGCUGCUCCCAUCAUGGUAGCUGCGAGAGCGACAUCAAGUCUCAUCGCCACUUCCCAAACCUCAUAUUCCGACCCGACGCCAUCACCGUCCGACGGUCAUAAGCUAUUCUACCAUGGCGCAUCCGCCUCCGACUCUGGUAGCUCUGGCGGAGAGAAUCAGGGAGAAUGCCACUUAUUAGGACCAUUCUCUCUUCUCGUUCAGUUGGCGCUUGGGGGACUGGCGCUACUAUCGUUGGUCUUCAAGCGGUGGAGAGAACGGCCGCAGCGGCCAGUAAAGGUGUGGGCAUUUGACGUCUCGAAGCAGGUCUUUGGCUCAGCUAUGCUUCAUCUCUUGAACCUGACUAUGUCCAUGUUCUCGGCCGGUCAGAUAGAGAUCAGGCCGUCAUACACACCGAAUCCCUGCUCAUUCUACCUACUAAAUCUGGGAAUCGACACAACUCUCGGCAUCCCGAUUCUGAUUCUCAUUCUCCGCGUCUUAAACAUCCUCGCCUCUUACACGCCACUAGCAAAUCCGCCCGAAUCAAUCGAGUCCGGCAACUACGGCCAACCGCCCAAGGCAUUCUGGUGGUUCAAGCAAUCCAUCAUCUACUUCAUCGGAUUACUCGGCAUGAAAGUCUGCGUCUUCUUCCUAAUUCAACUAUUCCCCUUCAUCGUCAAAGUCGGCGAUUGGGCUCUACGGUGGACAGAAGGAAACACAGCACUUCAAAUCAUCUUCGUCAUGCUCCUCUUCCCUGUAACGAUGAACGCCAUCCAAUAUUACAUCAUCGACAUAUUCAUCAAGAAGUCGAUUUCCCAGGACGGCUAUAAUUCCGACCUCACGACCGAGGGAUCAACGACUGAUAGCGUGGGGCGCGAGGCCCUACUCGCCGGUAUCGAUGACGCAUAUUCAUCUGAUACGGAUGUUGAAGAUGAGGCGCCUCAGAAGUCUUCCAUUGCUAAGUCCGUCACGAAUACUACGGCUACGGCAACUUCGCUUCAAGAGUCUGAAGGUCGAUUCUUGGACUCAGAGGAUCAUAAUCCUGCUCCACCCUAUCAGCCGGAACCACCUAAUUCUAGUGGGAGUGGUAGUCAGAAUGGGCGUAAGGAGGUUUCGGGUCCGAAUGCGCCAUCGCAGCACUGA